AACACCAGGAGGUCUCUUAUGUCCAGAAACCCUUGGUGAACCCUGCCCAUACACCGAGUUUGGAGUUUUUAUUAUCAUAUCAUUUAUGAACAAAAGCUUUUGACAAUGAUCUCUUUAGGAGAUAUAUUUGUUCAGUGGGCCUGUACAUGGUGAAUUCUUCUUCAGGCAGUAUCAAGAAUAUAAGGAAGACACCAGAAAGGCCUUCAAGAGUAAGAGAAAGCAUCCCACUACUUUGUUCUUUCUUAUUCACUUACUGUAAAUUGGAAGUGAAAGAAGGAAGUUCAUUAUGCAAUGCUCCUUAUGAAAGCAACUUAUAUAUCCUUGCGUUCUCUCUGCACUGCCACAACUUCUCUUCACUACAAUCUUAUUGAGCCUGUAAGAAGAGACGUACUUGAUGAUGAAAGAUCAACAGAUGGACAAGUAGGGAACUUUCAUACCUGGAAGGAAAAGGAACUGGAUUGCUAUCAAGAUUAGAAAAAGAAAAGAACUGACAAACAAAAAGCUGGAAAAAUACAGGAUUUAUUGCUGUGUAUUUAUAUAAAAAACGAAAAAUCAGUAUGGUGCCCAAUAUAGGAUUUGCUCACACGACUUGCCUCACAGUGUUCUGCUCUGUUUUCUUCAUUACUUUUGCGAAUAAUCAGGGACGAAACGGGACAUCAGCUGAAAAUUUAUCCUGCAUCAUUUACACAGUUCGUGUUACCUCAAUGAAUUGCACUUGGGAUACUGGCAGGAAUGUUCCUAAAGAUGUCCAGUAUUUUCUAUACUUGAUAUAUCACGAAAACGAUGGAGAAGAGACAGAAUGCCCCCAGUACAAAAAUAAUAAACUUGGAAGACAUGUUGGGUGCCAUUUUCCUAAUAUAACAGUUCCUGAGAAUCAUAUUACCCUCAGAGUGAAUGGAUCGAGCGAAGAAUCACUGGUUCAGCCUUUGGAUCAGCAAUUCUGGCCUUUCGAUCAUGAAAAACUUACUCCACCAGAAGAUAUCACUUGGAAUUGUCAUGAACAGCCGUGGGGGUGCAAAGUACAAUGGAAACCCCCUCCCUGUGCCUUUAAAGAUAACGCAGACUAUUGCUUUAAGUACGAAAUAAGGGAUGAAAUCAGAGGCCAAAUUUCAACAUUAACAACAGGACAAACCCACCAAAAUUACACGGUACGUGGGAAAUACUCAUUGAGGCUCCGUGCAGCUGGACAGUAUUGUCCCAUUGGGACACAGUGGAGUGACUGGAGUAAACCAAUUGUGUUUGGUAUCGACCCCAAUCCAUUUCCUACAGAAUUAUUAAUAUUUGUAGUACUUGGGACCGUCAUAACAAUCUUGCUCCUGAUUUUGAUCUGGAAAAGAUUCCACAUAUGGAGAUGCCUAACUUUUCCAGUUCCACAACCAAAAGAUGUUCUUUGGCAAUAUGAGAAUGUGAAAACAUGGGUGGACCUGAUGCCAGCAGAUGAUGAAAAAAUAACAGUGGUUGAAGAAAUGAAUUGCGAACUGCAAAAACAAUGAGAUUUUCACUAGCCAGCUGCUACCCCAAAUAAAUUAGGGAAAUGCUAUUAUUUUGGUGCUUCCUUUCGUCUCAGCUGCAAAUGCAUGUAUACAAGUACAAAAGCUGCUACUCAAGCACACUGGAAGACAAUGCCAGGGAUAGGUUUCCUAUGCAAGUAACAGCUAGAGAAAGAAGCUUGUGCUUGUGUAUGUGUAUAUAUAUAUAUCCAACUGUAGGGGCCAACACAGAAAUCAAGUCAGGUGUCAUUUUGCUACACAAGGAAGUGGCAAUGACGACAGCAAGGAACAUGCAGCUGAACUAUCUACACAAAAUUUCCAUCCCCUAAAAUAUAAAGGGUUACAGAUUGGGUGCACUAAAUUCAGAAGGGUUGGGGGACUUAACUGUUUGGGAAACACUACUCUAAAGGACAGGCGCUACUGUAAUGUUUGUAGUCUUAUCUUUGCCAUGCUUCAUCGAAAUCAAGAACUCAACAUUUUCUUAAGAUGCCCACUGCUCCAAUAAAUGAGCCUUAUUGGCCAAGGCUUUUUGACAACAAGCCUGUUAAGACACUCAGUUGAUUAGCUAAUCUUACAUUUUGCUGAUUUUUAUUGCCAGCCAAGCUUUAAGUGAUCAUUAUUGUGAUACUUCCACAUUCAUGUGUUGUGAUUUUAAGUUUUAGUGUACUGAUGUCUUGUGCCCUGCACUGAGAUUUUACAAAUAUUAGCGUUUU